AUGCCGAUUGAGUUUGCUCUAAAACCUUCUUCAUCUUCUUUACAAACUCCACUUGUAGCAACUGCAGUUGGGUCUGGUCAUGGGAAAGUAAAAGUAUCAAAGGUUCAAGUGUGGAAAAGCAUUAGAUUGAGGGAGUCUAAUGUUACAUUUGAGAGAUCGAAUCAUGUACACGGUUAUAAACUGAAUGAUUCUGAAAGUGCCAACAAGUAUUGCUCUGAAUUUGAUCGACAUCAAAGAAGAACCAAACUUAAGGCAAACGCUAGCUCUGAAUUUUCUAUCAAUCCACAUAAUGAUUCUGGGGUUGCUCCUCCCCAAAAAGAUGGCAAAUCACUUGGAGCUACGUUGGAUCUUAUUUAUAGAUAUUCAAGAGCUUACACGCUCAAAGGAACCGUGUUGUCCAUCAUUUCAAUAUCUUUGCUUGCCGUCCAGAAGCUUUCGGAUUUUACUCCGUCAUUUUUCCUUGGAGUUUUGCAGGCGAUCAUAGGUGGCUGUUUAGCGAAUUUGUAUGUCGUCGGCAUAAAUCAACUCUCUGAUAUCGACAUUGACAAGGUUAACAAGCCAUAUUUGCCAUUGGCAUCAGGGGAGCUUUCAGUUAAAACCGGCAUUCUACUCACCUCAUUGUAUGCUAUUUUGGGUUUUUGCCUCGGAUGGAGUACUAAAUCUUGGCCGUUGAAGUUAGGUCUCUUUUUGUGGUAUGCUUUUGGAACUGCAUAUUCAGUUAAUCUACCAUUACUAAGAUGGAAAAGCAUUCCCGCACUUGCUGCAAUGUGCCUUUGGUCAGUUCAAGGAGCGAUCAUUCCUAUUUUGUUCCACCUCCAUGCACAGGAUAUUCCAGAUGUCGAGGGAGAUAAGUUAAAUGGUAUCAACUCGGUCGCACUACAAAUCGGGAAAAAACCGGUGUUUUGGCUUUGUAUAUGGCUCCUUGAAAUGGCAUACGGUGUGGCCAUAUUAAUUGGGUUAUCGUCGACCCGUUUUUGGAUCCGAUCAUUAAUGGCGUCGCCGCUAAAAGUCCCAAUUGUCACCGCUAAUACAUUUACAGGCGACCCGUCGCCGCUAAAAGGUCGUCGUUGUUGGUUUGUCGCUAAUACCCUAUUCGUUGCUGCUAAUGCUUACCGUUGCUGUUAA